AUGUAAUUUCCAAACGUUGCAGCUGGUUUGGUGCCAGUGGUGUGCUGGAUGGGUUGUUACUGCGUUCUCCUUUUCAUCAUUCACCGCUUCCAGCGUUUCCAGAUUACUUGGGGAUCUCGGACGGCUGUCUGUGAGGGAGUAUUGCUGCAGAGACAAGCGGGGAAUGCCAUGUGUCGUUGCGCGACAUAGAAGCUCUUUGUGGGCUGUUUUGCACCGGGGACAGGUGGUGCCGCGUGUGCGUGCAUGUGUGUGCGGGGGGCACGGACACACAACCCCCUGAGACAGUUGUCUUAGGGAUGUCAGGCCGGCGUACGGGAUCAGUUUUUGCCAGAGACAGGUGCGACAGGGAGGAGUAGUUUACAAAGCCCCGCACAGGAUCUGGUAACGCACUAACGAGCCUCCUCUCUCCUCUGAUCACUCGGAUUUUUCUGGAUCCAACGGGACUCACAAUCGACUCAUCCUGCCGUUUCUCGGCACCUCUCCUCCGAUAAUCAGAGACUCCGCCGUUGUGUUGCCAUGGCGACCAUGGCCCCUCCCUUCUUCCUGCUGUGUUGGCUGCUCCAAACGGCAAGCUCGGCAUUCCCAGAGGAACCAGGGCCUCUCAACAUCAUCCCCACCGAAGUAGUGAGAAAACACCCGGUGUUUCUGGGCCGACCCCACCGAACGUGGCUGAGACAAGAGCCUCUACACAUCCAGAGGGUCCUCCAAGUCAAUCGGACGCUCUACAUCGGAGCCAGGGAUGACCUUUUCCGCGUGGAGUUGGACAUUGUUGCAGGAGACGAGAUGUUCUACAGCAAGAAAAGGACGUGGGAGUCGAACAAGAAUGACAUCAGGAUCUGCAGGAUGAAGGGCAAGCAUGAGGAUGAGUGCCGUAAUUUCAUGAAGGUGGUGCUCAGCAGAGAGGGAGGCCUGUUUGUGUGUGGGACCAACGCCUUCAACCCACUCUGUGCCAACUACACUGGAGACACACUCGAGAUGGUAGGAGACACAAUCAGUGGUAUGGCGAGAUGCCCCUAUGACCCCAAACACGCCAAUGUAGCUCGAUUUGCAGAGGGGAAUCUAUUCACCGCCACAGUGACAGACUUCCUGGCCAUUGAUGCGGUGAUCUACCGCAGCCUUGGGGACAAUCCCGCUCUGCGCACCGUCAAGCACGACUCCAAGUGGUUCAGAGAGCCAUAUUUUGUCAGUGCUGUGGAAUGGGGACCUCACAUCUACUUCUUCUUCAGGGAGAUAGCCAUGGAGUUCAAUUACCUGGAGAAGGUGGUGGUGUCACGUGUGGCACGGGUGUGUAAACGCGAUCUGGGUGGGUCUCAGCGCGUCCUGGAGAAGCAGUGGACGUCGUUCCUGAAGGCCCGUCUGAACUGCUCGGUACCCGGUGAUUCCCACUUCUACUUUAACCUGCUCCACUCAACAAGCCCCAUCAUCAAGAUGCACGGCAGAGAUAUAAUCCUGGGGGUGUUCUCCACACCGGCAAACAGCAUCCCAGGUUCGGCGGUGUGUGCCUUCGACAUGGAGCAGCUGGCUGCUGUAUUUGAAGGGAGAUUCAAGGAGCAGAAAUCACCAGAGUCUAUUUGGACGCCUGUACCAGAUGAAGUCAUCCCGAAGCCAAGACCCGGUGGCUGUGCUGUUCAAGGUUCCAGGUUCAAUUCCUCAAACUCGUUCCCUGAUGAGAUGCUCAACUUUGUCAAGACCCACCCUCUGAUGGAUGAGGCUGUCCCAUCACUCGGACAAAGACCCUGGAUUGUCAGAACCAUGGUCAGGUACCAGCUGAAUAAGAUUGUGGUGGACACAGAAGCAGGGCCUUAUAGAAACCGGACCGUCCUGUUCCUCGGGUCGAGCAGAGGGACCAUCCUCAAGUUCCUCAUCAUGCCCAACCAGGACAACACCGUCACCAACAGCAACAUCUUUCUGGAGGAACUGGAGGGAUUCAACCCUGAUAAGUGUGCUGAAGACUCUCUGCAGGCCAGGCAGCUGUUGUCACUGACUCUGGACCGGGCGAGCCACACUCUCCUCCUCGCCUUCCCCUCCUGUGUGGUCCGAGUACCAGUGGCACGAUGCCAGCUCUACUCCCGAUGCAUGAAGAACUGUAUCGCCUCCAGGGAUCCUUACUGCGGCUGGACCAGAGGAAGCACCUGCUCUUUCCUCAGACCUGGGACCAGACUGCCGUUCGAGCAAGAUGUUGAACAGGGGAACGUGGCCCACUUGGGUGACUGUGACGGGAUGCUGCUUCAAGAGAGUUUCAUCGAGGAGCCUGACGGCCUGGUGUCUGUGAACCUGUUGGUGGUGUCUGCUGUUUCGGCCUUCGCAACAGGAGCCAUUCUCUCCGGCCUGACCGUCUGCUGGAUCAUGAGUCAUCGCCACCGCCACUCCCGAAGCUCUGGAGCCAACGGCGCUCGUCGCAAAAGUGACAAAGAGCAGAGCAUGCUGGGGCAGGGCCGCAGCGGGUCAGUAAUGAGCGUGACAAGAACCAGCGGCGGCGAGAGGCGGCGCUCACAAGCGGACAACCCCUUCGUCACGCCCAACGGCUGGCCCAAAGGAGAGAUGGACCCAGGCUUACUGCCUACCCCGGAGCAGACGCCGCUGCAACAGAAACGGGCCAUGCGUCUCCCAGACACCGACUGGGACCAGAGCCAGACCUUCCUCACCGCUGUGGGGACUCCUUGUCCCAACAACUCUGUCAUCUACCUGAGCUCCAAGUUCCUGCAUGGUGGAGGAGGGGGGGGAGGGAUGGUGCGGAUAGAGGACCAAGGGGAGGUCGUGCUGCCCCCGCACACAGAGCGCCAACGCUACCUGAUCCUAGCCACCCAGAGAGGGGAGCACGGUGGCAGUCGUCCCAGCGGCACCCUGAGGAACUCAGCGGGAGAAUACAUCUACCCCGCCACGCCGCAGGACUCCCCCGACCGACGGAGGGUGGUGUCCGCUCCCACUCCCCACAUGGACUAUGGAGAGCCUCGCUGGAGUCACGAGGCGCUCAACUACAACAGCAACAAUGGCGUUCCCUAUCACUCCCAGCGCCCGGGCCUCAUCAGGCCCGAUAUGCACGGGCCUCGAGGGCUGGGAGAACUGGCUGACUUCAGCCAUCUUCUAGGGAAGAACAUGGGAGAGCGCACCCCCAGUGGCCAGUGAUGCGGCGUUCGUGAGCCCUGGCACCAAGCUCUCUCUGAACACCCAUUCCCUCCAACAGCAGACUGGAAUAAAUCAACCCCUCAGACUCACCGUCCCGGUCCAACCUUACCCUGUCUGUCCUCUCUCACUGUCAUUCAAUGUUCUGACGUCAUUCAGCUGACUGAAGAGAGAGACAAAAAGAGAGAGUUGAAAAAGAGGAGCAAACUCUCCUCACGUCUCUGUUCCUCUGCUCUUAAUCUGAGGUGCACGCUCCUGCUCUGUAAGCGGUGCGACCCGCAGAGCUUGACUUUGACACUGCGGGACAUACAGCAAGGUAAAGAGAGGGGUGCAAAGGAAAGUGAAAACUUCUCAAAGGAACGUUCGGAGAUUUAAAAAAAAAUGACAAUUUCCCUUGCAGCGCCAAAUGUGAAAGGUCUCCCACCACCAUUUUGUUCACUGUUUUGACACCAUGGAUCUUUGAGUGUGAAACUUCAUUUCAGCUUUUUGUUUUUUUGUGCCAUUGGCAUCCAGCAGACAAAAAUGUGCUUUACUUUGGAUUUCAGAAAAACUGUUGUAGCCGUGCCAGAGGGCAGUGACUCUCAUUGAAUCAUGCAGUGUGUGUGUGUGUGUGUAUGUGAUUGAGUGUAUGAAUGUGAGUGGCCACGACAACCCCAACCAGCGUCCUGUCUUAACUGUGAAGUAUAACUAUAUAAUGAAGUUUCUGUGUGGAGGAGGUUGCGUGUUAACUUUAUUUUCCCUUUUUUAUAAACAAACACAGAGACAAAUGGAUUUUGUCCAAUCAGGUGUGGGUGUUUGACCAUUUGCUCGAGAAGGUUUGAGACUCCCAUUGUAAUUUUUGUGACUCCCAGUACCUCAAAGGCAGCGCUGGACAGAGUCAUCAUGACAGGAAAGAAAGCAAUAAUAAGCAAGAAACACAUAAAGAUGAAGCCAAUUUAAUUUGAUAUUUUAUAACCGUUUUCUCCGCAAAGCAAAGAGACGUUUGAAAAUGUCAGGAGGAGGUGGGCGCUGGGAAAAGGAACAAUAUCUCCCCUCCAUUCUUCCCUCCUGAGCUGCCUCUCAGUAUGCCAGGGUCUGUCUGACCUGACCUGAGGCCCCCAUGGGCUCCUCAGUCCAUUUGGAGGAGGGAAUGUGAGCUGUGGCUGUCUGGCUGUCUGACUGGGUCUGUGAGGCCCGGCCGCUUGGGAGCUCCAUUCAGCCUCUUCUGCCCGACACUGAGCCUCUUUGUGCCCCAGAAGCAGGAGGAGACUGCGGCAACAAAUAGCCGUUAAGAGUCAGGGACCUAGCCCAGCGCCGCAGCCUCGCAGAAUAUCAAUGAGCAGGACAGCAGCUCCAUCCGUCAUGUGAGAUGUACCAACCAGGACCGGGCAUCUCUUAUGCUUCGCCCGCUCCGGUGAUUCACUGGUUUGCCAGGACAAGGGAGGAGCUGAGGGCUGAAGCUGGGGGCCGAGGCCAGGGUUGGAGCACUGCUAACUGUCACAAUGGUCAUCCCCUUGCGGCUUUAUCCCUUUCAGUGUGUGUAUCCCAACAAAAGCGGGAUAAAGAAAACAGAUGGGCAUGGGUGUACUUGGGUGUGGAGUUUCACUCCGUUGUCUGAUCUUUUGAUGCUUUCUGUUUUUUGUCCGUUCUCAUCCGCUCUUGAUUCAAAUGUAGAUCCAGAGAUAGCUUUGGUUCAUCUGGGUCAUGGUGUGUUUGAGGUGGUGUUUUUUUGUGUCUGUCGGGUGUGAGUCUCUUUGGGUUUGUGUCCAUGAAUGUGUUACUCAUAUUGAGUGCAGACACCAGCUUUGAUCAGAUUUACUCUCUCUCUCACCCUUCAUCUGUUUUUCUUUCUCUAUUGAGCCAUUUAUGUUCUGCAUCAACACCUUUGCUUGACAUUCGUUGAUCAUUGUCAGAGCCCUGCGUGGGAGCAGUGCACGCUAUUUUAACCAUUAUACUUUACACAGAGUAGUUUGGCUAAAAUACAGAGGCUGGGCUGUGCUUAGAUAGGCACACAGGACACACACAUGAAAAUAUUAGAAUGUAUGAAAACUAGAGCUGGUUAUUGUUUGAUUUUUUUUAAACCUCACCGUUUUUGUGACUGCAAAACAGCAUUAAAGCAUUAAUAUUGAGCAUUAAUAUAGCAUCUUUUAGCUUGUUUUCUUGGUGUAGUUCAUUCUCAAUGCUCUGUUAUGCCAAUUUUCUAUCAGCUUUGUAUCAUAACAAUGUGGGUAGUAUGCGUACAUGACUGUCAUAAACUUCCCUCCAUCUCACCGGUGCUCAGAUCGCCCUGCUCCCUGCUUAUCAGACUACAUAUUAUUCUGUAUUUCCUCAUUUUCAUAUUACCUUUACCACGGGCACAAGAGUAUAGAAGUGGAUGAAGAGAGAGACUCGCCCCUCAUUCUUUCUCUCUCUCUUGCUCUCAAAAUCAGACCAAACUUAACGGUAAAACUAGGCAGUGCUGAUCAAAUAAAAGCCAAGAUUCUGCUACAGUAUUGUCCAUUUGUUUGCCCCGGGUGUCCAAAAAACAUAUUUUUUGCUAACUUUUUGGCAGUAAUAUGAGAAGUUUUGAACAGGAGGAGGAGGAGGCUGAAAAAACUGAGCUCAAAUGAGACUAAACAACGCUGAUCAAAUGUGAACCAAGAUUCUGUUACUUUGUUGCCUAUUUCUCCCCUCUAAUGUUUU